AUGGCAAUGAAAAACUACAGUGCUAUCAGUGAGUUCAUUCUCCUUGGACUAUCUACUGACCCCAAUAUUCAGGCCAUACUCUUUGUGCUGUUCUUUCUGAUUUACCUCUUCACUUUGAUGGGAAAUUUCUUGAUGCUGCUGGUGAUUAGGACUGAUUCUCACCUCCACACGCCCAUGUACUUCUUUUUGAGACAACUGUCCUUCCUGGACCUCUGCCACUCAACUGUCACAGUCUCCAAGAUGCUGGAGAAUCUACUUUCUGAAAGCAAAAUCAUCUUUGUAGAGAGCUGCCUGGCUCAGGCCUUCUUUGUGUUUGCCACUGGGGGCACGGAGGCCUGUCUGCUGGCUGUGAUGGCCUAUGACCGCUAUAUAGCCAUCAGCUCCCCUCUGCUCUAUGGCCAGUUGAUGAGCAACCAACUCUGCGUUGGGAUGGUGUGGGGUUCCUGGGGCCUAGCCUUUGUUGAUGCUCUCAUCAAUAUCCUCUUAGCUGUCAAUUUAGAGUAUUGUGAGGACCAGACUCUUCCGCACUUCAGCUGUGAGCUGUCUUCCCUCUUCCCUCUGUCUUGCUCUGAUACCUCCACCAACUUCACACUCCUGCUGUGCUCCUCUGUCUUGCAUUUCUUUGGAACCUUCAUUAUGAUUGUUUUUUCCUAUGCCCGCAUUGUCUCCACCAUCCUGAGCAUCAGCUCUACCUCAGGCAGAAGCAAGGCCUUUUCUACUUGCUCUUCUCACCUCACUACUGUGAUCUUGUUCUAUGGCUCAGGUUUCCUCAGCUACCUCUUGCCAACUUCAGGCUCCCAUCUGGAAAUGAUGUUCUCCUUGCAAUACAGUGUGGUCACUCCCAUGCUGAACCCCCUAGUCUACAGCCUGCAGAACAAGGAGGUGAAGGCAGCUAUGGGAAGAAUGUUCAGAAAAUAUUUUCAUUCUCUCAUGUAA